CCAUCUCAUCAGUGCGGCUCACGCGACGCUGACGCGCUGCUCCUGUUCCCGUAUGAAAGCACUCAUUUGAUAACAUGCACGCCGAAAAAAAUACGCGCUGCUCUUGCUCUGCUCACGCGUGCAGUGUGAACUAGGGGUUAGUGAUAGGCUACCUUCUUAACGGUCGCCUUGGACAAGCUAGUCAAACACUGCAACUAGUCAUGUAGCUAGUCGAACACUGCAACUAGUCAUGUAGCUAGUCAAACACUGAAACGGGUCUCAGGUGUAGCCAAGCUUCAGGAAUAUGGUUUCACAGCCAAAAGGCAGAAAAAGUGAAAAGCACUCUGGAGACAAAUACAAACAACAUUUUUGGUCUUUCGUGGUUCUUUUAUUUUGUUCUUUUUUCCCUGUUAAUUAUUAAGAGUUUCAGAAAACAUUGUUUGGUCUUAUAAGAUAAAUUAAAAAAUGCACUGAAAAGUUAUAGAUGGUUGAUUAUUUGUCUAGGUUCAUCCCGUUUGGCCCGAUUCAGUCCACCCGAGUGUGUAGAGACAGAAGCACCUGCAGGUGUCUGGGCUACCGAUAUGUGAACUUUGCCAACCGUUCAGAUGCCGAGCAUGCAACAAGCAUGCAACAGACAUUUUGAUGUUUGACCUCCUCAUGGGUCGGCCGAUGCGCAUCAUGUGGGCCGACCGAAACCCAGCGUUGAGGAUCACAGGUGUUGGCAACAUCUUCAUUCAGGGUCUGGCCAAGAACAUCACCAGCCUGACUCUACACGACACCUUCUCUCGUUUCGGCACCAUCUUAUCUUGCAAGGUGGUUGCUGAUGAGAAUGGCUCUAAGGGAUUUGGUUUCGUCCAUUAUGUGACGUACGAAGCCUCUGAACGAGCCAUUCAGACGCUCAACGGGAUGAUGCUGAACGAUCAGCUGGUGUCUAUUAGUCACUUCAGAUCGUUUCAGGAGCGUCAGUCAAACCCUGAGCGCGCCAUGAAGAACUACAAGAGUCUCUUCCCGGGGGUGCAUCUCUAUGUUAAUAAUCUGCCCUACAGCUGGACGGACCACCAGCUGCAUAGAGCGUUCUCCCCGUUUGGGACCGUCACCAAUGCAAAGGUGGUGAGGAACGGUGGCCGCAGCAAAGGGUUCGGCUUUGUGUGUUUUGCAAGCCGUGAAGCUGCAGCUCAAGCCAUUACAGCAAUGAACGGACGGGUCAUUGCCAACAGAUGGCUGAAUGUUGCCUUCUCGCGGGUCAAGGACCAGGAUACGUCUGUGUCGGACUGUGAAUCGCCCUCCGUGGUCACUCAGACGCUGCUUCCUUCUGGACGCUUUGGUUCCGUUGUUCCACAGGCGAAAACUGGUCAUCAGCGCACCAGACACCUUCAGCUUGAGUCCUGCUGUCGCCGGGAUGCAGCGUGUCUCCUGUCUAAGUGUGAGAGUCUUGUCUCGCUGGUCUCUCCACUGCUGUUAGACACGCUGGUGUCCCACACGCCAGUAGAUGCACUGCAGCGUGUGAACCAGGAGCUGUCAGAGCUGAAGUCUGAUCCGGUCAUUGAUGCUCCUGGAACAUCAGACACCUUCAGCGCUGUAACCUCUUUGCUGUCUGGAGACUUUGCUGUCGUUCCAAAGACUCAUAGCAAUGCCGCUCAACAGUUCUCCAGCUGUCUUGUGUUCAGUCGUCGCUGGUUUGCAGAUGUUGCUCUGCCUCAGUGUGAGAGUCUCGUCCUCCUGGUCUCUCCACUGCUGUCAGACACUUUUGACUCUGAGACGCCCCACAUGCUGACCGUUAACCAGGAUCAGUCAGAGAUGACGCCCGACCGAGCCACCGACGCUCCUGGACCAUCAGACGGCUGCAGUGAUGUUGCUGUGGUUCACGACAGGUUUGGCAACGGUUCGGGUGAGCUUAGACAUAUGAGCAGCCUCAAGGUAGGAGAAAUCUCUUGGUUUUAUAAGGAUUUGCACUCGGCACUGUUCUUCACAUUUAAGGUAAUCUUUCACAAAUAAAUGCGUGAGUUUGAAACAUCUUUAGUAAAACACACAAACUCUGUCCUCUUCUCAGGUGAUGGUGGUUAUGGAUGGUGUGUUUGUGUCAGUCCUCUGCUGCUCUUCUGAUGACACCGUGACUGUGAUCAUGAGGAUUCAAGAGGAUCUUCUCCUUUACAGUGAGUUUCUCCUCUUCAACACAGCUGACCAGAUUGUGACCUCUGACACGUCCAGCCCUCUCCUGGCCAUUCAGAGUGUUCACCCUGAGAGUGAGUCUUCCUCCGGCUCAGGUGAA